AUGGACCGCAGUGGGAAGGUUUCGAGGCACAGCCACUCCCGUAGAAAGCCCAAGGUCUACGGGAGUGAGCACCAUCGCAUGCUCAACUUCAAGCAGUUCAUCAUGAUGAAGGAAGACGAAAUAUCGCCCGAGGAAGCUGCGGAGGAGUACAGCAAAUAUUUCCAAGAGUUUUUGUCGAGUGAAAUUCGCCGUUAUUACGACAUGUACGAGCACUUGGCGUUUUUCCGGGAAAAGUUCCACCCUUACUAUUUGCACAUUGAUCACGAGAUUAGUAAAGUGGACGUGUUGAACAGCAACCGAGAUUUCGUACUGAAAUACACCAACGGUCACUUCGAGGAGCUUUUGCUCGAGAUAAGCUUCAAGCGGCUGUACGGCGGUUCUUCGUCUGACGCCAACACCACUCCUAGCGAAGCGCCGUACAAGUAUUCUGAAUGGGCCUACGAGAUCCCCGUUGAAUACCCCAAGGAUGACACGCACACCAAGAGGCUUCCUAUAGAUUCUCCGCUGCUAUCUGUGCUUCUGGUUGACGUUCCGGACAAGGUUUUUAAGCACGAGAUCCAGAACGCUCUGAAGCCUCAUCUGGACCGUUUUUCCAUAUACAUGGCGGAGCGCGACCUGGUCCGCACGGCGUUUAUCAGCGUGGAUGAGUGCGACCUGACUAAGUUGAGCGAGACUCUGAAUGGGAACCGUUUGACCGUUCAGGAAUUCCUGCUACGUUUUGAGCCGUGCAAUCCGCUGCAAGAGCGCGUCCGCGUGCGUGUAUGCCCCCCCGUGUGUUCACACCCAAUAAUUGUCGCCCGGGACGUUGAGAUAACUGGUCGUGUAAUUCGCAAGCUGGAUGGGGACUUUUGCGGUUCUGAAACCUCAUUCGUCGAUAUAUUGCCGGCCGAUAUUGACAUUAAGAAGCGUUUGGACCUCCACCUCACAUACUUGCGUAAGGUGCACAGCUAUUGCUACUACGGCCGCAUCCGUCAGAAAGGCAAGAGUUACAUUGAUUUAUGGGAUCUGUGUGGUCCAGGACACGUUCGUGUCGACCUGAGCAGCGCGUUGUACGAGAAGGAGACGGGGCUCACUACCAACCACGUCGCCGUGAAAUAUGCGUCGUGGGAGACCGGUAAAAAGGGUAAAGUACCGGCUGAAGUUCCCAUCCGUGAUUGGGAGAAGGAGCUCACCUCUUCGUGCGACGUGUCGACUUCUCAGCUUCAGUGGCUGCGUGACGUUGAGUCCUUUGCGGAGCACCUGCUGGGCUGCGAUUUGAGUCCUCCGGCAUAUGUGCAGGAUGAAGCUGAAAUAGAGGACAAGUGGAAGCAGUUUUGCAACAUCAACACUUUGGUUGAUGGCCCGGAGCGGUUCCGUUGCAAUUUGUGCCACAAGCUCUUCAACGACUCGAAGUUCGUGUGGAAGCACCUUAAGCUGAAACAUAGCGACUGCUAUGACAAGAUAGUGAUCGAAUGCGGCGUGCCUCAGAUGAAGGAGAUUUUCACGGGAUCCCACAAGGCGGCGCGGUGCAACCCCUUCGAGAGGCUUCUUAGCGUUCCUGUGGUACAGCCGCUUCCCGACGACGUGGAUGCGCCGUCUGUGGAGCCAAACGGCCUUUCGGACUCACGUAACAGCAUGAGGGCUGAUUUCAACAACAAGCGCCGCCGUCGGGAUUACUUUGACUUCGACCGCCCCCAGGCCAAGCGCGUACGUUUUUUGCGACUGAUUUGUUAUUGGUUGCAGGAGCACACUAUGUUUUUCGCGCAAGACGAUUAUUCGCGCCCGUCAGUGAAGUAUGACGAUCUGUGA